AUGUUUAUCCCAAAGAGCCACACCAAGCUCAUUUAUGAGUACCUCUUCAACGAGGGAGUCGCUGUCGCCAAGAAGGACUACAAUGCCAAGACUCACCCAAACAUUGAGGGAGUCACCAACCUCGAAGUCAUCAAGACUUUGAAGUCGCUCGCUUCCCGUGAAUUGGUUAAGGAACAAUUCGCUUGGCGCCAUUAUUACUGGUACCUUACCGACGAGGGAAUUACUUAUCUUCGUGAGUACCUUGCUCUCCCAGUCGAGAUUGUUCCACAAACCAUCAAGCAAAAGCCAAGAGAGGUUCGUGUGCCAGGAUCGGACAGACCACAAAGAUCUGCCCAAGGAGAGAAGGGAGAUCGUGACGCCUACAGAACCGACAAGGCUACCGAGGCUGGACCAGGAGCUGCCCCAGUCUACAGAGCCGGAUUCGGACGUGGAGCCCCACCACCGCAAUAA